UGUUUUUAUUAUAUUUCUCACUCUCUUUCUCUUUUCUCGAAAAAGAAAAAAGAAAAAAAACUCUUCUUCUUCCUUGCUUGAGUAAACCCUCACUAACACUUCCAAUCAAUCCAACAAAUUCACUUUCUGCAAUAACCCUUUUCAUUUCUUCGACAUUUUCCCAAAACCCAUCUCAAAAAACCCACAAUAAUGGAUCGAAAGCUGGUCUCUUCACCCGUUUUAUGGAAACUUUCUGAUCUGCUAGUCAACGAGUCAGUUCCAUUUCUGGGGUUAGAAGAUCAGCUAGAGAGCAUCGAAAGCAAGCUACGAGAUAUUGUGAAUUCCGAGUACUUUGACUGCAAGAGAGACGUUGCUUAUGACAUUGAAGAAGCCAUUGAUUUCUUGCUGCAUACAGCUGAAAAGAAGAGCCAAAGAGGUACCCUUUUGUGUUAUUUGCUUGCUUUGGUUGAUUCCAUUGAUCAGAAUAAACUGCGUAAGAAGUUGGAUCGUAUUAGGCUUGAAAUUUUUAGAGCAACUGAUAAAGUGAGUCGAAAAAAAGGGAUGGACCCUUGGUCUAGUAGCUCAAGUAGCUCUGCGUCGGGUUCGAGACGGCAGGUUGAUGUUGGUGAGAGUAUUAUGAGUCCUGUUAUUAGGAAAGUUAUUGCCUUGGCUAGUCAAGAACAGAUUAGUGCCUCUGUUAGGAGACAAGCUAGGUGGGUUCGAGAUGAAAUGAGAUUGUUGCAUAUUUAUGUUAAGGAUUUGGAGUCGAAAGAGCUUAGGGGGGAAGAGAUGGCUUGGAUGGAAGAAGUGAACUUGUUUUCGCGAUCGGCGGAUGAUGUUAUUGGGUUGUUCUUGUGUGAGAAGGGGAAAUCGGAUUGUGGCCGAAAAGGGUCUUUUGAGAUUAAGUCGCAGAGGAAGAUUCGGAAGGAGAUGGAUCAAAUGAAGAUUAAACUUCAGGAGAUUAUCAAAAGGUUUGGUAAACUUCCGCACCAAAUGUAUAUGCCGCCUCCUAGGUUUCCGCCAAAUUUACCUCAUCCUCCUCCAAUUCCGUUUCAACCGAAUUUCCCUGGUAGGUUUGUUCCUAAUAUACCAGGAGAUGCUACUUCGUUGUCUUCUUUUGAUGAUGACGACUUUGAUGAAUUUGAUGAAAUAGAUGAUGGAACACCCCCAUCUUCUGGUAAUGAUGAACAAAACCAGCAAGCUGAUUUUAAUAGCUUUGAUAGCAAUGCUGCUGCUGCUUCAUCAUCGUCCUCUUCUGCUGGUAGGGCUGAAAUUCCUGAUACAACUGGUUUUGAUAGCAAUUUGAAUGAUAUUAUGGGAUUGUUGCUUAGAGAUGAUACAAAUUGCCUUACAGCUUCAGUUCUAGGAAUGGAAGGCAUUGGCAAGACGAAGCUUGUUAAGUCAGUCUAUGAUAAUCCUGUUAUUAGAGAUCAUUUCCCUCAUCGUGUUUGGGUUAAUUGGGUGCGUGACUCGAAUAUUAACCGCGUCAUGGAACAGAUAGUGGGUGCCCGAUAUUUGAAUGUUAGGCUUUUUAAUGGAGAUUGGGAUGACUAUUUGUGCAAGUUGAGGAUAAUGCUGAAUGAUUUCUUGAUGGAUAAGAAGUAUCUCAUUGUUAUUGACGGGGUAUCAUCCAAAGUCUUGUGGAAUCAACUUGGGGCUGCUUUUGACGGCCUGUCAGGUGGGACGAGAGUCAUUUUUAUUGCUUCCAAGUUAGGAAUAACUCCUGAAAGCAAUGAGAGAAACUUCACUUACAGAUUGCAGUUAUGGAGUGAUGAUGAGAGUUGGGCUUUGUUUGUUCGUUCUCUGAAUGCUAACAUUCCCAUAGAGCUUCUAGAAUUGAAGAAGGGGGAAAUCCUAAGAAUUUCCGGUGGAUUGCCCAAGGCAAUUGUCAAACUUGCAGAACUUUUAGCCAGGGAAAAUUUAUUUGCGGAGGACUGGUCAAGGGUGCUUGAGAAGUUCAAUAAAGAUGAAGGACCUUGGUUGGGAACUUUGCAGGAGAUGAACAAGAGUUUGCCAUUGUAUCUGAGGAGAUGUCUCUUUUAUCUGCGAUUGUUUCCGGAUCAUUUUGAAGUCCCUGUGAGAAGAUUAAUUGGAUUAUGGGUUGCGGAAGGUUAUGGGAAGAACGAUACAGAGUCUCCAGAGCAUGUUUCAGAGAAAUGCUUAAUAGAAUUGGUUAGCAGGAACAUAAUUCAAGUGACUAAGAAGAAGAUGAAUGGAAAAUUUAAAACAUGUCGCCUGCCUGAUGCUCUACGAGUUCACUGGCUGUUAAAAUCCAAGGAAGCUAAUUUUCUUCAACAUAAUGGCCAUAUCGGUGACAACUUGUCUUCAAGCACCUGUGCAAUGCACCGUCUAGUCGACCAUCUUGACCAUAGGCAUGCCAGCUUUGAUCAUAUCCAUGGAGACAGCACAUCACCCUCAUCUUUGUACUCUUGUUAUAGAGAAACAGUUUCUUUUCUAUCUUUUGAUACUCGAGAAGGAAGCAGACCCGGGGAAGAUGUAGGGAAUUUUAUUCAACGAUGCAUCUCUAGUAAGUGUUUUAGUGCUCUAUGGGUUCUCGAUCUUGAGCAUGUUUACAAACCAAAAUUGCCGAAGGCAUUAGGUCAACUAACACGAUUGAGGUACUUUGGCUUGAGGUCUACUUACCUGGAGAUGCUUCCAUUGUUCAUCAACAAAUUGCUGAAGCUCCAAACACUAGAUUUGAAGCACACACAUGUCAAUACGCUCCCUAAUUCAAUCUGGACGAUGGAGGAACUGCGACACUUAUUCCUUGACGAGAGUUCGUGUUGCAAAUUUGUGCCUCGACCAAAAGGAAGCUGCUUAGAGAAUUUACAAACGUUAUGGGGUGCAUUUGUAGAUGAAUGUAGCCCAGUGAAAGAUGGUCUGGACACAUUUCUGGACAUCAAAAAAUUGGGUCUGACAUGCAAAAUAUCUGAGCCAUCUCAGAAUGAGGAAAUGUCUUCACAACUGGAUGCUGUUGCAAAUUGGGUUCAAAACCUAAAUCAUCUUCAGUUUUUGAAGUUGAAAUCAUUUAAUGAAUCGAGUGAGCCUGCGGACAUACGCUUACAGUCUUUAUCAGGGCACAUGGAUCUCUCCAGCGUACAUUUGUUUGGAAACUUGGUGAAUCAAAAUGUUGUUUCCGAGCUCCCACAAAACCUCAAGGUCCUUACUUUAUCAGCAUCUGGGCUGGCGGAAGACCCAAUGCAGAUGUUGUCCCGACUUCCUAACCUGAUAAACUUGAGAUUAUUCCCCGGGUCCUUCACAGGACAGAAAAUGGUUUGCAAUUCCAGAGGAUUUCCUAAGCUCCAAGUUCUCAAGUUAGCGGAGCUUCAUGCGCUAGACGAAUGGAGCAUAGAGGAAGGCGCACUGCCUAGUCUAAAAUGUUUGGAGAUCAAAUCUUGUCAACAUUUGGAGAUGCUACCUGAUGGGUUGCAGCAUGUUAAGACUCUCUGCAAACUGAAAUUAACAAAUGUGCCUGUGUUGUCAGCAAGAAUUAAGGAUAAUGAGGGCGAGGAUUGCGAUAAAGUUGCUCAUGUGCUCAAUGUCUAUGUCGAGAACUGCUGAUGCAAAAGAUUCUACCAAUAACAGAAAGUAUGUAUCUGUCUUUCCAAUUCGUGAUUUGGAUCUAUUUAUUGGCAGUAGUUUGAUGCACGUGGAGUACUCGACUUCUUUUUUUGUAUUAUCAUGUAUAUAGGAAUUAUUAUCUGCUAGAUGAUAUAACCGUAUAUAUAACACUGACAGCGCCUUUGAUAUGGCGAAAGCUGGUGGUAAGACGAGGUUUGAUGAACUUUUUUGGGUGUCAAUUUUAAUUUACGAGCAUUACUGCUUCUUUACUUAAGUUCUCAUUUCGAUCAUUACGAUCAACUACAAGCUGUGGCUAUUGUCGUGUCAUUUUGGAUGUCGCUGCUCUCCGGUCUUUUGUCGUUUGAUGUCGCAGAUAUUUGUCCUUGCCUAUGUUACUCUUUUUGCUGUAACUCUACUCUACCACUGUAAUGACAUAAUGAGUUGAUAGCUAUGACCUUUACAAUAUCAUAUCAAAAUCAGAUUUGGUUCACUAGCAA